GUGCGGCCGAUAAGGCGGUUGUGGUCGACGUGAUUAGCGAUCACCGGUUCUGCGACGAUGAGCUCACCGACGAGUUUAUGGUGGAGUUUAUGCUGACUAUACUGUCCAGUGAGAUACCCGAGUCAUUCAAGGAACGGGUGGUCCGGGAGAUUAAAAAAGAGAAGGAUAUGAACGCCAAGAUCCGUCUUAUUUGCAACGAAGUGGUCGACUUCGCCGGCAAAGGACUGGUAGCCCCGGACAUGGAGGAGAUCUUUCACGUAAUGAUUACCCGGAUUCGUAUGCUAUCGGAGUAUAGGAUCAACAAAAAGAAGAAGUUUUCAAACAAACUAAAGCUCGCGAUCGUCAAGAAAUGGGCGAAAAAGACCGGUAAAUUGAUCAUGAUCAAACCGAUUAAUUUGGAUCAAGUAGAGAACGUGGAGGAAUUUAUGGAGAAAUCUCGUGAUGUAUAUUUACUACCCGGGUCAAUGGAUAAUGUCGAUAAUAUCCAGAUAGAAAUGAUUGAAAAUCCAACGGUAAUGGAUAUGAUGGCUACAGAAAUAAUGGAGAAAUUGGAGCAAUCGCUUCAA